CGGGACAGCGGCGGGGCUGGAGAAAGGGGCGGUGAGGAUGUGGAAAACCGAAAGGAGCGCAGAGAAAGAGCGUGAGGUCUGAAAAAAAAUGAGAGAGAAAAAGAAAGAGAGAGAGAGAGAAGCCCCCGUCGACUGAGCGGACCGUGGUUUUCCGCCGUCGCCUCUACCGCACGUACCGGGACUUCUCGUGGCGCUGCAAAAGCAAGAGAAGCAAGCGCCCCGUUGCUGUCGUGUUGUAAAGCGAUCACGUAUCUCGUCGCAGCAGUGGCCAGCUCGCGCGUCGAACGACCCAAUUGCAGGAUUAGCGCGACGGGGACGACACCUCAUCGCUUGCAAGUUUGCGAGCGCGUGCCACCAGCGGCAAAUUCCCGCGGCCCGCCGUGCAAAAAAAGCACGGAGGCGGCGAUAAGUUUCGUCGCAACCUCCCUCCCGCUUCCUCUGUCGUCUGCUCUGUUGUGCCGUGCGUCCAGACGUGACGAUCUGCGCCACGCAGUGAAGUGCCCCUUGUCGCCGGCUUCUCGAAGCCACUCGGAGUGUGUUUGGGCCGAAAAGAUCAACGCACCGUGCACGUUUGGUGUAAACCAGAGCCUCCUUUCGCCGGAUCAACUUUUUCUCCCCCCUCCCCCCAGCCCCUUCGCGCCGGCUCGCGAAAACUGGUUGUGCCAGCGAGACGCGGCGGCGGCUUGUGUCGACGGUGGUUGCCUGGCUUGUGUAGCGCCUCACGGCCGUUGUUGUUUCGACGUCGAGGAGUGCGAACUAAAAGACCAUAUGGAGCACGACGCCGCGUCGUCGAGCUCCGUGCACCGCCUCGUGCUGGUGGUCGCGACCGUGCUGGUGCUGACGCAUUCGUGGCCCGUGGCCCGGGCCGUGAGCGCGGAGAGCCAGUGCGACCCGCCGGGCGUGUGGCAGACGGGCGAGGCGCUGGACGAGACCGCCUCGAGGGCUUCCGGCGCCAACGUCAGCCUGAUCGAGCCGACCCGGUCCGGGAAGCUGCAGGAGUGCGUGGACCGGUGCUGCAAGAGAGAUGAUUGCAGCGUUGCCACUGUCAAGGUUCAAGACAAGGGCACCGUACUUUGCGCCUUGUUUAACUGCCACCCACCUGAAAAGUGCAUCUUCAAGAAGUCCGCCAGGCUUCUUAGCCUGGACCGAACGGCGACUGCCUUCCUGAGGCGGGUCGUCGCCGGCUGGCCCAAGUACAGCAACAUCGAAGUACACACGGGAAACAUCUCCUCCACUAACGCCACGCCGAUUUCGUCGUCGACUUCACUUACUCCCGAUACGACGUUACCCUUCGUAGCUGAAGUGACGACAGCCAACGUCACUACGGCUGCCAGCGGGGAUAAGUCGACGACGACUUCCACGUCCGCUCCAAAGCUCAACACGGAAGAUAGUGACGCAAACAGCCCGAUGGUGACGACGGAUGACGUCACUACAGCGUCCGGUUUGAACGCCUCGACUUCAACGUCUACGACGCACCAACCUCUAGGUCUUGGCGGCAUAUUAGACCUAUUAAACCACGUGGCCGAGUCUAGGACUCACUCCGAGCUCCACGAAGAAGCAACCUCGUCUACAGAUAGUGCCAAUCACGUUUCUAGCACGUCACUGUCGCCCUCGGGUACGUCAUCAACGACGGAAUCGUUCUACAGAUCGUCCUCUACCACGCCUGCCGACGACGACAUGUCUCCGCCUCCGUUUUCCGGUGUACCGGAAGUGUCGUCGUCAACCGAAGGGACGACCAGCACCACUACGACGGUGUCGUCUGCUCUCGAGGCUUCCAUGAAGAAAAUCCUUCCCACCAAGAUGUUCGACGGCGACUCGUGGUGGGCCCCGUUGUCGGCUCCGGCGAAAGCCUCGAACCCGUCAACAAACGCAUCCAGCGUCACCACCCAGAGCCCGAACGCGACAGAGAAGACGACCGACGCGGUCAAGUCCGGCGACAUCAGGGGACCCAUACAGAUCUUCGCCCCGACGACGUUGAACGUCGACCUGAUGCCCAAGGCGUCGCCUUCGAUCAGCCUAGUGAUAGGCCUGUGUCUCGGCCUGCUCCUUAUCUUUGUCGUUAUGGGCCUUAUCGGCCGAAGGAUUCUCGACGUGUGGCAGAGGAGGCACUAUUCCAAGAUGGACUUCCUCGUCGACGGCAUGUACCACGUGACGUGAGUCGCGGACGUGCAGUUGGAACCUUAGCGCGCCGCGAACAAAGUUUCUGGUGCUUCGUGCAAGCGCUAGCCGAUGGUCGCCAGCAUGCUCAAUUUCCACGCGAAAAGGAAGUGUGGUCGGCGAGGCGAAUCGCUAAAAGCUCCCAGAAACAUCAGUUCCCUGGUGCAAUGCGAAGGCGUCUUUCUUGCCUCUUUCUGACACACAGGUAAAUGCACACAACCAAAACACAGUUUUGUUGUUGCAGUAGCCAAAGUAACUUAUGGCCCUAAUUUAUAAAAACUGGCAGACGGAUGCCGUGAAAGCUCUGUCUACACAAUACAAUUCUCACCUUAUUUAAGAUGCGCCCUGUUAGCAAAGCAAAUAUGCACUGUUAUAUCAGUGAAAAAGUCAUGGCAACUUCGUGGUUUACGUGCUAUUCCCCCUUUUAUCUGACGCCAUUCCCCCUUUCUGACGUUUCUGGGGCUCUCUGCAGUUUUCAACAAAACGUUUUCUCGUUGUUGUUGUUGUUGCUUGUUGCAUGUGGCGACCAUCGGCUAGGCUCUCGAUCAAAUUUUGUACAGACGUGAACUGUUGGAUAGCAGACAUGUUCGAUACGGCGUUGGUGACCGUAUGCCACAGUGAGAGGACUGUCUUUGUUCCUGUUGGUUGAUUGUUUUGCGAAACUUCUUGCUUGCUAUUUCUCGCGUGCGUUCGUCCUCAUCGGGAUCAAAACACAUCACAGACAGCUUGCUGGCGAGGCUGAUCCAACUCACCUUCUCUACUCAGACUGAUUUUGCUUCAGCCAUGUAAGAUAUGAUGGGCAGUUGUUGCUGACAGAGAAAGAGAACAGGAUAAAUGAAGGACAGGGAGGUUCACCAGCACAGUCUAGGCUAUCCUGCAUUGUGGAAAGGAGAAAUGAGAGGGAAAGAGUAAGAAAAUGGGAGGAAGCCCUGAGUCGGUGUGCAGUUGAGUCAACGGCUUAUUGGGAUUCUCAGCGCUGUAUGACAGACGGUCCUCUGAGUCCGGUGGCCUUGAGAAAUCGCACCAGCGCUAUGUCGUCUUCUGCAACUGUGAUGGACGAGACCAUGGUCCCAAGAUCUUGGUCAGUACGAUAGGUCUUCCGGUCUAACUUGUAUAUAGCGGUGUGGAUGGCAAGUCUUUUACCUUUAAAGGACAUUUAGUAGCAAGAUGUUUCAGAGUUUCUUCGCAAGCAUGUAUUGCGAUGGGCGCUGUCGUUCAUUCCUAUCAAGAAUUGGCAUGCGUUAGUGAAUGCAAGGCCCAGGCAUCGCUAAAGUAGUGUUUGUUCGCUUCGGGGAAUAUCAGGUAGCAGGUGCAGUUUCGAAGAACUAUGGUGAGUCAAAUCGGGAAUGUGCCAUUUCUAUAAUGUAAGACGUGCUAACAAUUGCUUUAGUACUGCGCUGUGUCAGCUCUUGAUGGCGAUACAGAAUAUGUCCUCGCUCAAGUGCUGACCUUGGCUUUUUUCAAAGUACUUAAUUAAUAUUGAGAAUUACAGUAUAAUGCUUGUGCUGCUUUCUUAUCGCAAAUAGGUCAGUAUGACCGAUAUGCUGAAAACUCCUUAGUGAGCUCAAUAUUUGCAGAACAAAAUUGAGCGUGUAUAUGGUUUGUAACUGAAACGCAGCGAAGAAAAUGAUAUUAUCAGGCAGCUCUAUCUAAUAUAUGGCAUAUAUAUAUGUAAGAUAUGCCAUAUAUCCGACUUCAGCCAUUCGCCAAAGGCACGUCGUGGUCAAGAAAGGUAAAGCUUAUGAUAUAGAUGCACAGAAGUUCAAGAUGAGUGGGGUUCAAAUCUGUCGCAGGACAAUAGACGCUUGUUAUUUCCAACAAAGACAAUAUUAAUCAUAUGUAGUGGUAUUUAUUAAGCGGACCUUUAUCACACUUGCGCCGUGACGACAAAAAAAAAGAGCUCUUAUCCUACAUAUCCUCCCCUUCCAGUAAUAUAAACAUAUCAGGUCACACGGAAUAAUGCACCGUCAAGACCAUUGCAUGCGUGGGAUGUGCAUCAUGUGAAAAUGUUUGACAAGUAUGGCUAUAAAGGCUGCGUUUGCAAGAAAGUAAAUGGCAAUGCUCUCUAUUUUUUUUAAGGUUUUCCCGGUUUAACUCGCACCCGUGUCUCGUGUGUUAAAAGCAAAAGGCGGUGCAUGAGUAGCGUUCGUUGUAGGGUCCGUGGAAAUUGUAGCUUCGCACUUUCGCAUCAGUCAUUGAGAUACUAUAGUUAACGGUCAUAGACGAGCGUGAUGCAACAUAAAUUCUUUUUCCUUCAUUACUUUUUCUGGCAUUGUUUUACAGUGUGUUUUGAUGUCUCUGCUAACGAGCUACUUAUGUGUUGGUGGUGCGUGAAGCCGACGCUGCUGGGGAGGGAGUACGACCUGGCAUGUUUAAUAUCAGAGAGUUUUAGCAUAGCGCUACCGACUUGCGGUUACCGAUACAGGGUGCCGUGACCUACCAUGCGCGGAGUUUACCGGGUGCCGGUAAAUUUACCGGGAUGGCACGUGCCCUAGUUACCGUGAUUGCGUAACAACAUGCACCUGCUCAUGCGGGCCGCUCACUCGCUCUCAGCCGUAAAAGCAAAGAAUACAAAGUACCAUCAGCCAUCGCUAUGUCUCAUCUCGCGCCGAGCGCAACGUGUAAGCGAUGUUUUGUCCUAAUUAAUAUUGAGAUCAGUGGUAGGUUUCGAGGCCGCUAUGCCUAGACAGGCGGCAACAAGGUGGGAAAAGUGUAUCGAUUUCCGCCUAGCAGAUGGCGCCACAGCAGUUAGCGUUGGUCGGCGCUGUGCAAGGCGAGCGACUUUGACGAACGGUUUCGCUGCCAACCCCAUAACCCCCUUUUUUUUUUUUGCAGUCACGUACAUGAAAAAGUGGGCGUUGCUGUAGCUAAUGGGGACUUUGGGGAAAACGCGUGAAGUUGGAUCGAUACGGCAACAGUGCGACAUGUUGGUCACGCGGCACCAAUUAGCGCACGGAGUGUGUCAUCCAACAGUGGAGGACCAACCAAGACAACGCGCUGGCUUGUAUACACGCGAUUUGGGAAUUGCAGCUGCAAAAGCCGCUCGCCGGUUUCUCUUGGCGCUUUCAGUUGAUUUCCAAAGGCCACUCUGAUUGGGAUAGUUCGUUCAGCGUGUUACUGCGAACAAUUUUGGUACGGGCUCACGUACCUUGCGAAGACGGUGGCGCCACGAGCGGGUUGCGAAGGCUAAACUUUCAAGGGGCAGUUUUUCAAUUGCUGACGCAAUGCUAAGAUUUAUGUUGCGGCUAACUGAGGUGAAUUAGAUGGUAUAUGCCAUGCGUAGCAUGAAAUUCUUCCAUCAAUCAACAUCCGUUUUCCUUUCACUCUGGAGUCGUAUGUGUGUUUUACCUCUCUCUCUCUCUCUCUCUGCAAUACCUUGCAGCAGAGAUGUCUGCGGCGCGAAUGAAAGAUCGGGGCACAAGUGCCUUGUAAGCACGAGCACGUCAUUGUCAUUUCACCUCCUCUGUGUGGAGCCUCCACAGCGCAGGAACACAUUGUCGCAAGUCUUCCUCUUUCGCCCAAGCGUGCGAAAUAAAAGAGUCAUGAUAGGGUCCAACUUUCGUAUUUGCAAGUCCUAGCUUUCGCGGGCCGCGUCGUAUUCCGCCUUCCUGGUGUCCAUGGAAUUAUACCGCGGCACGCUGCUUACCGAUUGCACCGCGCAUGUACAUGCGAGAGAAAAAAAAAAAACCGGAGGAAUACUUGUUCGUUUCGUUGACGAUGCACAUGGCUUCUCUUUCCUUCAAAUGCGACCUUAUUUCUGCGGUCCUCAUUCGCUAUGGGGGCCAAGCAAGCGUCGACGAGAGAACCUAGUUUGAUCAAGAACGAACGUCUGUUCGUCUGCUCCUGUUUCCUGGCUGAAACGCUGCGUGCAAAGAUAUGGCAGGGUUACCGAAUGCUAAUCGCAGGAACCGUCAAUCGGGGUACGCCCCUAGCAAACACAGGUCCAAUCCACAUCCGUUAAUUCCUUCGCAGGAACAGUACGUGACGUCUUCUCUGAACUGUCACAUGCAGGUUUGCUGAGCAUGUUGGAAUUUUCUUAGUUUGAAAGUGGUACGCGAGUUUUGUUGCCGAAACUGCGCACACUUGUGGAAACUAGAUCUUGCAUCAACCAACCAGAUGCUGAGCCUGCAAGGGCUUGUUCGUAUGGACUGCAGGGCAGCCCAAAACCUACCGAGCAGAACUUGUUGCUGGGCGAUUUGGUAUAUCUUAAUGAGUGCCUGAAGGAUGCAAACACAUGCACAUGCAAUGUUUAGUUCCCUUUGUGUGUCGUCUAUUUGUUUUUUUCACAAUAUAUUGCACAUGCGUGUGCUUGCGCCCUUCACUGCAGGCCGUCAUCAAAAUCUACCGAAUUUGCGGUUUUGUUAAGCCAGGAAAGAAAGGCAUGUAAAUAAAGCACAGCAGAAAUUCACAUUUGAAGUCAGGUAUGGUGCAAUGUGUUCAGUACCUUCUCUGCGAACCUGCACGUUAUUUCUUUUUGUCUAACGGUCGAAGAUAAGAAACCCAUGCAUGAUGUCCCGAUAGAUAUUUUGAACGGUAGUACAGAACGAAUUCCUGUUAAACAGAAUUUCUUAGGCAGGAUUACUAUUCAGUACUUCACAGCCUGUGCUGUCACGCAAAUCUCUGAUUGGAAUGUUCUUCGGGGCUUCUCCGUGCUUUCAUAUGGUUAAUAUAUAUCAAUAAGUGACAAAUACUCGUUUCUCAGUAAAUUAAGUUUAAGAUCACAACGAUUCAUUAAAUUGCGUCGUAUGAUCGCUAUAGCAAGUGCGUAAAAUUUGAUAACAUUAUACUUAUUCAUUGUGAAAUGUCCUACGACUAGUGACCUAAUUAAUAAAGGGAAAGUCAGACAUUCACCCGUUCGUAGCAAUUGCUACAAAGGAAACUCGUACGGGCUCCUCAAAAGAAAAGCCUCGCAGUUGAAGAAAAAUUCGUCCUGGUCCGGGACUCGAAGCCGUGACCACCGCCUUUCCGGGGCAGCCGCUCUACCAUCUGAGCUAACCAGGUGGCUAGCAGAUGGCAGGGCUUUAUUAAUUACUUCUCUCCACCUUGCGGGUUUCCGCAGAACUAUUACGUCAAUUACUAGUGACGUACUUGCUUGGCCACUUUUGUUUCUUACACACUUCCGCAAUUAUACUGCCAACAGUGGUGAUUUAUCACCUGUUGGGUGUGGGCCAGUUAAGAAACAUUUGUUUCUUAACUGAAAACAGGUAUGCGGAUUCAGUCGCUCAGUGGUUGGGACGAACUCUUGCUACCACUGUGCAGCGCGAUAUUAGUACGACGUAGAAUAACAAAAGGCCAAACAAACGCUUCAUACACUUUUUUCUUUCUGUUUAGAGCCGGGUACAUUUUAAACUCUAAAGUUUUUGUGGCUCGAGGCAAACCAUUUGUGGUUAUGCUUGUGUCAUGUUGUUGUCAUGUUGUUGCUUGUGUCAUGUUGUUGGAUUGAAGCUUUCCUUAUCAUUUACUUCUUGUGUGCGCGUGGGUCAAAGCAUGCGGGAGAUGUCUCGCUUUUUUCCCCUUAGUGCGCAGUGUUACUCUGACUCUUGCUUUUGUGGGCGCACUGUUUCGCGACGUAUGAAUAAGCGCGCUGUUUCCUUUCUGUACAUGAGUGAGUAAAAUCAAAACUCUUCGUUGUUGCGAGGUUUAAUAUCUGCAGAUUUCUUUUUUGUUAUUUGUAGGUGUCGGUGAUGAAUUACAAUCAUUCUCAAGAGUGGUUAAUAGCGGUUAUUCUGCUAUUGCAGUAAUAUUCCCUGUGAUGGAAUGUGUUUACGCAGCUUGUUGAUAAAUUAAAAGGAAGGAAAACUUG